UCUUGCUUUCUACGUCCUCCUCUGUUCCUCCAAGUCUCUUCCACCCCCUUUUUGCACUAAAUUGAUAACUUGAUCUCUCCCCUACAAACAAUUCUCAUUUCUCAAAGCCUGAUCCUUUAAAUCCAAUUGUUCAGAUCCGAAGUUGGAUUGUGAAGCGCGGUGAGUCCUCUGUUUUAUUUUUUGUUGUUGUUUGCGAUUCCUGGUUGCAUGAAGAAGAUGAAGUUGUAGAUUCAACUGAUCGCUUAUUCUAGGAUAAUUGGUUUUUUAAGGACCACGAGAAAGAGACUUGCAUCAUGAAAAGGAACAACAGCAGUGGAAGUAUUGCUAGCGAGGACUCUAGUUUGUUGGAAGAUGAAGUAAGCUCGGAUGAUGACUCUAACUAUGUGAAAGGAGUAGAUACAAAGAGUAAUGUAUUCUCUGUGGAUAAUCAGUCUCGGUCGCAGAGUUAUACUGUCCUGCGAGUAGGAGAAAUUAGCCAACUUCAGGAGGAUGAUAUUGCAGGAGUCUCUACUGUCUUAUCCAUAUCGAGAUCUGCUGCAUGCUUCCUACUAUGUCACUAUAAUUGGUGGGUGAAUAGACUGCAGGAUGAAUGGUUUUCUGAUGAAGACAAAGUCCGAGAAACAGCCGGCUUGUUGAGGGAGCCGGUAGUAUUGCAUCGAUUAGGUAGUGUCAAUUGCGGAAUAUGUUUUGAUGACCAUGACUAUUCAAACGAUCAAUCAGCUGAAUGUGCUGUUCUCUCUGCUGCUUGUGGUCAUCCUUUUUGUAAAGAUUGUUGGACAGGUUAUAUUAGCACGUCAUUUAACGAUGGGACGGGAUGUUUGAUGCUGAGAUGUCCUGUACCAUCUUGUAGUGCAGCAGUUGAUCAGGAUUUGAUCAGGAAUGUGUUGAAAAAUCAACAUGAUAAUGAGAUUGAGAGGUAUAACCGCUAUCUUCUGAGAUCUUAUGUUGAAAAUCAUAAGCAGAUGAAGUGGUGCCCUGCUCCUGACUGUGAGUAUGCUAUCAAAGUGUUUGAUGAAGAUUUGACUGGAAAUGGAAGCUGUUAUGAUGUUUCUUGCAUUUGUGCAAAUAGCUUCUGCUGGAAUUGCGUCGAGGAGGUUCAUAGUCCCGUUGAGUGCGCCACUGUGAGAAAGUGGAUCUUGAAGAACAAGGAUGAUUCUCAGAAUGCACAAUGGAUUGUGGUUAAUACGAAGCCCUGUCCCAAGUGCAAAACACCGAUUGAGAAGAACAAUGGGUGUAAUCACAUGAGAUGCAGUCCACCUUGUGGGCAUCACUUUUGCUGGUUAUGUCUUGGGCCACUUGGUUGCAAAUGCAAUAGUUUCAAUCGAGCUGCAAAACAAUCUGCAAAGGAGAGUCAGAGUGAAAUUGAGAGGAAGAGGCUAAAGCUGACUUUAGAGAGGUACAAUCAUUAUUACAUGCGCUGGGCAAACAAUCAAGCUUCAAAGAAUAAAGCUGUCGAGUCAUUGCAUAAGGCGCAAACAGUGCACAUUAUGAACCUUGUUAGCAAAUCAUUUCGUUCAUCUUGCCAGCCUAAUGAUUUCGAGUUCAUUACAGAGGCAUGGAAACAGAUCAUUGAAUGUAGACAGGUGAUUAAAUGGACCUAUGCAUAUGGUUAUUACAUACCUGAGGAAAGUAAAUAUGAGAAGAAGCGGCAUCUGUUUGAGUACUUGCAGGGCCAAGCAGAGCACAGUCUGGAGAGGCUUCACCACUGUGCUGAGACUGAGAUUAGAGAUUAUGUCAAUGAUUGGACCCCGUUGGAAAAGUUCUCGGAAUACCGGCUAAGGCUCAUACAAUUGACAAAUGUGACCAGAACUUAUUUUAAGAAGCUGGUUACAGCCUUGGAGAAUGGCCUCUCCGAGGUGGAGUCUAGCUAGUUUAUGUUUCUUCCUUCCUUCAUAGUAUUUCAGUUUUUAGUAGUAUUAUCAUCUGACUAAGAAUCUAGCAGUAGUUUUCGGCGGAUGCAUCUGCGGGAGGAUGUAUCUCUCAAUUUCCUUGUGGAUUUUACUCGUAAACUUAAGCCAAGUGAUAACUUGGUUUAACUGUUUCUUUUUAAUUAUGCAGCAAUAAAUCAAUCAAAAUGCUCGUGGUA